AUGAUCGUUGCUGAACCUCCUCCUCCCGUUGGAAAUGCUUCUCCCACCGGGUGCGGUGGAUCUUCUCCUCCCGCCGGGAAGAAGUCGCAGUGGCCGGAGGUGCUGGGCUGGAUGGCGACGCCGGCAGCGCAGAAGAUCGCCCACGAGAGGCCCGACGUGGCCGUGGAGGUGCUCCCGCAGGGGACGCGGAUCGAACCUGACGGCUUCAACACCGCGCGCGUCCGCGUCCACAUCGACAACAGCGGCUAUGUCUCCCAGAUCCCCGAGAUCGGCUAG